UAUGAUUAUUAAUAUUAUUUAUUUAUAACUAUCAUUUAAAAAUAUCCAAAAUACUAUUAUUAUUCAUUAUUAUUAUUUAUCAUUAUAAUUAUUGUUUAAUAUUCAUAUUAUUAUUGUUUGAAUAUUAUUUAUAUAUUUAUUACAUUGAAUUUAAUUCAAUUCAACUUAAUACAAUUUCAAUUCAAUUCAGUUCAGUUCAGCUGUUUUAUACGGAAGAGAACAUGUCCUUUAUUUCAUAAGGAACAAUAAAUGAAUAUUUUUUUUCCCGAGACGAAAUAUCUGUUGUAUAAAAAAGAAAAUAUAAAAAUUCUCUAAAAUCUUAUAAAUUAUUUACGGUAUAAUUUCAAAGUUUUUCAAACACAAAAUCAAAGAUAUAAAAAAAAACAUAAGGAGGGAAUUUUUUUAAUUCUGAAUUAGAUUCCCGCCUUAACGAAACAAACCUGCUAAUAACGUCUCCCCUUCCCUUUGCCAAACCAACUAUAUGGCCCCUUAAUUAAUUCCCUUUAAACCCUAAUCCCCAUCCUCUUUUCCGGUUCAUCUUUCCCUUCCCUUCCCUUCGGCAUCCUCCACUCUUCGGUCUUACACCAAUCCCCUCCCUUUUUCCGGUAAACCUAACCCCAAAACACCAAAAAAUGGUAGAUUUAACACCAUUAAAAAUUGCUUAUGAAAUUGAACAAGAUCCACAACGAAAAGCAUGGUUGAAACUUUGUUUCGACAAUAUCAGUGAAAGAAAAUUCCUUGAUUUUUAUCUUUCUUUGAGGGGAACCGAAUCAACAACGCCAUUCAUGAGUCUAUUUGCCAAAGCAGCCUUCGACAAAGUCAUGCGAACCAUUGCAGAAGAGGUUGCAGAAGGUAGGCAAAUUGUUUGUGCCCUUCCAGCAAAGGGGAGCGAACUGGUCAACGAAAAGGAACGCAAGAAAGCAAGGGUUUCAUCCCCGAAAAUUGCGGCUGGAAGUAAGGGGAAGGAGAAGAUGGUUGAUGAUUCUGAAGGAUUGGUUGCUCCUAGAAGAAGGUCUUACAGGAAGAGGACGAACAACGGGGUCAUGAUCUUUGACCAAGAAGACAUACAUAAGGACAGUGAAAGUGAAAACAGUUAUGAUCAUCUCAUAGAGCUCUUGAAAGGGGAUGGAUAUUCUGCUCUAGCUUAUGAAAGCGAAGAAUAUCAGAUCAUAGAGAUUGUUAGUGAUACGUAG